CAAUGAUGUCCUCGACCUAAUCUUAAUUCAAUUUUGUUCGCAAACCACUUCCAAAAGCACCAAUUACAAGACAAUUUAGUAGAGAAAAAAGUUAACCAAUUUUUAAUCCAAUAACUCCAUCUGUAUGAUAAAUAUUUUAUAGUUAAGACUAAGUUUCGUAUCCAAAAUAAUAAUCAAUUUUUAAGUAGAGAGAAAAGUUAAAAAAAUAGCAAUAAUUUCUUUAACAAUACUUCUGAAAGCACAAAAAUUACAAAAGUAUAGAAUUAAUCUUUGCUUAAAAAAUAUGAUGCUGAUUAAAAGCAAUAAAUUUUUGAUCGAGAAGAUUUAGAGGAGGAACAACAAUUUAAAUUACUCUGCUAAACUUUGGAUCAAAUAUUAUGA